ACACACUACCACCACCACUAACAUGGACGCCACUGCCGAAGCCCCGACAGGAACGUUUACAUGCGAGUUGUGUGAGUUGUCCACUGAUUACACCUUCUACGGCAGGAAACCACCAAAUACUAGAGCCAUCGGGCUUUUGGAAGACUGCUAUGGCAUCCGUGAUCCUUUCACUCCAGACAGGGACAAAUUCCUUAUAUUGGGCUCCAAGUGCAGUUUGUGUAAGAAGACUGUAUGUGUUGGCACGGACUGCAGCAUCUUCUACACCAAACGCUUCUGCUUACCGUGUGUGAGGGAACACUUGGAGCAGUUUCCAGAGCAGAUUCGAAUAGAACUAAAGAAGAAAAAAACAGCUUGGAAAAGUUAACAUCAAGCAGAGACGCUCAAAUAUGCUGUGGAAAGAAGACAUUUUGGACAUAAUAGUCUUUUUUUUUUUUUUUUUUUAAUACAUGGCACAGUGUGAAUUCUGGCCUGUUUACUAGCCAUUCUGUCUCAUAAAUGAGGAACCUGCCGAAAAGGGGAUCCUUCUUGGGAAUUCAAAAGCCUGAUUUGAUUCAUGAAUCCUAACUUCAGAAAUUGUAACUGAAUUGUCCUGGAUUCCCAUUGAGGAUGCCUCAGGAAAUUACCGUAUGCUUGAGCAACAUCCAGAACACACCGGAACUUCACAUGCCAUUCCUGUGUAUGUUUUGAUGAACAAUGAACAAAUGAAAUGAAGAAUGGACUCUGUUGUCACUGCAGGAAACAAGGAAUUAUAAGCACUAACUAUCAGAAUAUACAGCGGAGGAUGCUUUGAAAUGAACCCAUUACUAAGAGACUGCUAUCAAGCAACCUGUAUAUUGCAUAGUAAUAAAAGUUGAUAUAAGAAAUUAAUUAUAUUUAGUGUGUGCCUUGUUCUGUUCGAUGUAAAAAUUUAGUUGUGUGCCUUGAGAAUUAUAUAUAAUGUUGAAUUUCAUAUUAAUGAGAAAUUCUUUUGUUUAAAGAUCUUUUUUUUUUCCUUUAGUACUGCCCUUCCGAAGCUACAUAAGAUAUUUAGAUGUUUCCCAGAAGACAAAAUAAUAACAAUUUACACCGAUCAUCCUGUUCAAAAAUUUACACCCCCCUAGCUCUUAAUGUAUCGUGUUGCCUUCUUGAGCAUCGGUGAAUGUUUGCACCUUGUGUAAUAGUUAUGUACGAGUCCCUCAGUUGUCCUCAGUGUGAAAAGAUGGAUCUCAACAUCAUAUAGUCAC